AUGACUGCUCAGCCUAACUCAACGACUGGGGACGGCAAGUUCGCCGAUAUGGAAAAGGACACGGUCGAUGUCCAUGCGAAGCAACAUAUGACAACCGACUAUGGCAUCAAGAUCUCAGACCCAGACCAUUGGUUGCGGACAGUGAGCGACAAGAACACGGGUCCAUCGCUUUUGGAAGAUCAGAUUGCUCGUGAAAAGAUUAUGCGAUUUGAUCAUGAGCGCAUCCCCGAACGAGUUGUCCAUGCCCGUGGAACGGGUGCAUUCGGUCAUUUUAAGCUGUUCGAGAGUGCUGAAGACGUCACAUCAGCCGGUGUGUUGACAGACACCAGCCGCACCACACCUCUCUUCUUGCGUUUUUCGACAGUGCAGGGUAGCAAAGGUAGUGCGGAUACUGUUCGCGAUGUACGCGGAUUUGCUAUCAAGAUGUAUACUUCUGAGGGAAAUUGGGAUAUCGUUGGAAACAACAUCCCUGUCUUCUUCAUUCAGGAUGCGAUCAAGUUCCCUGAUUUCGUGCACUCUGUUAAACCUGAGCCGCAUAACGAGGUUCCUCAGGGCCAGAGUGCUCAUAAUAAUUUCUGGGAUUUUGUUUAUAUGCAUUCAGAGUCGACUCACAUGAACUAUUGGCAAAUGUCUGACCGAGCUAUCCCCCGCUCAUACCGAAUGAUGCAAGGAUUUGGUGUGAACACCUACUCCCUGGUCAACAAGGAGGGAAAGCGUCACUUUGUCAAAUUCAUUUUCACCCCCGAGCUUGGAGUUCACUCCUUUGUCUGGGACGAGGCUCUGAAGAUCUGUGGCCAGGACCCAGAUUUCCACCGCAAGGAUCUUAUGUCCGCUAUUGACGCCGGCCAGUUCCCCAAGUGGAAGUUCGGUCUGCAGCUUAUCCCGGAAGAGAAGCUAGAUGAUUUCGAAUUCGAUCCCCUCGAUGCGACAAAGGUCUGGCCCGAAGAGUUGGUUCCAAUCCGGUACAUCGGUGAGCUAGAGCUCAACCGCAAUGUCGACGAAUUCUUCCCCCAAACCGAGCAAGCAGCCUUCUGCACCAGCCACAUCGUGCCCGGUAUCGAUUUCUCCAACGACCCCCUUCUGCAGGGCCGGAAUUUCUCGUACUUCGAUACUCAACUCUCCCGGCUCGGCGCAAACUGGCAGGAACUGCCCGUCAACCGUCCUGUCUGCCCAUACAUGAGUCUUGUUAACCGCGAUGGCGCUCAACGACACCGCAUCACCAAGGGAACGGUCAACUACUGGCCAAACCGCUUCGAGGCUAACCCACCUGCGUCGCAAGCUGAGGGCGGAUUCACCAGUUACCCCGAGAAGCAAAGUGGCAUCAAGGCCCGUGCUCUCUCCGAGAAAUUCAAGGAGCACUACAACCAAGCUCAGACAUUCUACAACUCUCUCUCGGAAAUUGAGAAGAUGCAUCUCGCAAAGGCCUUCUCUUUUGAGCUGGACCACUGCGACGAUCCACUCGUUUACGAGCGUAUGACUGAGCGUAUUGGAGCUGUCAGCCUUGAGCUUGCUCAACAGGUUGCUCAGAACGUCGGCGGAAAGUCACCCGAGAAGCUUUUGAGGCCGAACCAUGGCCAGAAGGCUAAGGGCCUCAGUCAGUUGGAGUACAUGCCCGAGAAGCCUAUUAUCGCUACACGUCGCAUCGCUAUCCUGAUCGCUGAUGGAUUCGACCACUCAUCCUACAUUGCCAUGAAGAAGGCUUUGGAGGCGCAGAAUGCUUUCGUCUUCACGAUCGGUGCCCAGCGCAAGGGCGUCGUCGCUGAGUCCGGAGAGACGGUGGUCCCAGAUCACUUCUUCAACGGUAUGCGAUCCACUCUCUUCGACGCAACCUUCGUGCCCGGUGGAAAGCAUGUCACUGCUUUGGCAAAGAACGGUGUUGCCAAGUUCUGGAUCACCGAGUCAUUUGCCCAUCUUAAGCCUAUUUCCGGCGUCAAUGAGGCGGUCUCUUUCAUCGCGAAGCAGAUUGAUAUGGAGGAGGUGAAGGUUGCCAAGCCUGGUUCCUCUGUUGCUGAAUCCUAUGGUGUAGUGACCGGCCAUGGCGAUGCAGAUGCACUGCUCAAUGUUAAGGAUGUCGGUCCUGAGUCUAAGGGCCUUGCCGAGCAAUUCAUCUGGCAUGUCUCGCGUCACCGUAACUGGCAGCGUGAGCUGGAUGGACUUGCUGACCAAGUUGCCGCUUAA